CAAAUCUUUGCCAUUAAUCGAACUUUACCAAUCCUCGUCUCCCGUAUAUCAAAAAACAACAAAAUAUUCCACAAUGCGUCCUCUCACCGAAGAAGAGACACAGGCCGUCUUCAAGAAGCUCGCUGAAUACACCGGCGCAUCGCUCAAGAACAUCAUCGCCCCCCAAGAGGAUGGCGAUCGAAACGUCUUUCGCCUGUCGCAGAACCGAGUCUAUCUUGUCCGCCUCUCCAUGGCCAAUCUGGCAACUUCAAUUUCUCGCGACAAUCUCCUUUCUCUAGGAACUUGCUUGGGCAAAUUCACAAAGUCUGGCAAAUUCCGAAUCCACAUCACCGCCCUCCCCAUUCUCGCCGAGCACGCACGACACAAACUCUGGAUUCGCCCCAACGGAGUCAUGCCAUUCCUCUACGGCGGAAACGUUGUCAAGGCGCACGUCGGUCGUUACUCAGAAGACUGCCCCGAGCACCAGGGCCUGGUUGUCUACACUAUGGACGAUGUUCCUCUGGGAUUCGGAGUCAGCGCUCGCAGCACCGCGGAGAGCAGGAGACUCGAUCCCACUGGAGUUGUUUGCUUCAGACAAGCUGACUGCGGCGAGUAUCUGCGUGACGAAGAUACCCUGUUCCAGUCUGGCUAGAGGAGAGGCGAUACGGCUGAGAGGUGGGAAAAGCUGGGUCCAUGGCAUGACCUUUUUGCGGGCGUCGAUCACAGUACAUUUCGGAGUUCAAGGGCGUUGGUGGCAGUCAUACUUUACGAAUUGGCAUGGCGUUAUAAAGACUGGGGAAUGUUUGAAGAAGGAUCCCUUGAGAGGGAGAGAAAAAUAGGCGAGGUAUAUGCACAGAGUUGGCUAUCUAUCAUACGAAGCCGCACACUAUCUCAAGAUGCUAUAUCUCGUGAGAAACAGGCAUGAGUUAGCUCUCUGAUUCAAUUUUAGUCACGAAGCAAGCCAAUCCUGUAUCAUGAAGCAUCAAGAUAUACAUUAUCCAACCAAAUAAUAUCAUUUCUUCCCCAGCUCC